AAGAGAUAAACGGAUAGAACAGGCGUGGAGCGCGCGACCCCGUACGUCUCCACCGCUGCAGGAACUCCCCCCCUCCCCGGCGGCCCGCGCGCCCACCAACCAUGGCAGUCGCAGCCGCCGCCCACCACCUGCCCGUUGUGCCGCACCGCCUUGUCCCGGUCCGGCACACCAGUAGCAGCCCGCCGCCGCAUCCGGCCUCCCGCUGCUCCGCCGCGGGGAAGCCGCCCGUCCAGCUCCACGCGGCGCAAGCGAGGGCGUCUGGGUUCGCCGCGCGCGUCGCGUUCAACCCUUCCGGGAACUACGACCUGUCCCUCUCCAUGGGCGAAGACGAGACCCCGCAGGUCCAGCCUCCGCCGCCGCCUACCCAAGGGCGCUUCGAAAUCGUUAUCAACAACGACAACAUCCGAACGCUCGACCUAUCGCCAGUCGAAGCAGCACUCGGCGACUUGAGCUCCUUGACACCAGCUGCUUCAAGAACCCUGCUGGACCAGACCGUCGGGUUCACCAUCAGCUACGAGAGGGAGGACGAGUACGACACGCGGGAGCUGUCGGAGUUCCCCGACAUACGGCUGUGGUUCGUGAGGCUCGACGCCGCGUACCCUUGGUUCCCGGUCGUGCUCGACUGGAGAGCCGGCGAGCUUGCCAGAUACGCCGCGAUGCUCGUCCCUCACCAGAUGAGCAUGCGGAUGGGCGUCGUCUUCAACCCGGAGGCGCUGGAGCUGUUCGUGAUGAAGAAGGUGUUCGCCGUCGACGCUUGGCUGAAGCAGCAGAGCCAUCCCAAACCGAGGCUGAAGACGGCGGACAUGGCAAGGAUGCUCGGCUUCGGCGUCGGAGAUGAGCUGUUCGACCUGAUCGAGAAGUACCCUGUCCAUCGUUCGUGAUAAAAAAAUAAUUAAACAACAAAGCUGAGAAUAGGGAUCCGAUCCCACACACAGAAGAAUCAGUCGUCUGGUCGGUGCUGCUGCCUGCUGCUCAUACCAUACCCACACCCUUGAAGUAGAAACUAAGGCACGUUUGCUUUGCUCCAGGAGACCAGGAGCGCUCUGAUGUUGUCGUGUUCCUCGCGUCGCCUUCUCGGCCUGUUGUACUCAGUAGCGCCGCAGAGUCUCUAGCAUGAGACGACCUCGAGGAGUCUAUGUUGUCGUCUAUGGAUGGAACAGUCAGCAUAGACCAAGGCCGUGACCUUUCCUCCGGUGCUAGCCCUUUCGCAUGUAUCGGAUAAAUUUGGUUCUGCUAAUCACUACCAAAAUUUAGCUCUUUGCCGAGUGUCAUAUUCUUUGCCGAUUGUUUUUUUUUGCACUCGGCAAAGAAGCUCUUUGCCGAGUGCCACGCAAAAAACUCUCGGUAAAAGAAAACACUCGGUGAAGAAGCUCUUUGUC